UAGGUAGGUACCUAAGUUAGGUACCUCCUAGUACGCAAUUGUGUCAAAUCUAUCCCACCUUCGACUUCCUCUCUUCCCUUUUCCAUUGAUUAUAUUCUUCAAACCGUCCACUCACACUAUCCUCCCUAACCCUUUACAUCUAGGGAGAGGUUACGCAACAUGUACAUACGAUAGCUAUGGAUGCGCCGUUGCCCAAGAGGCGACAUAUCCUCUCCUCUAUCAACCCAGAGCACGCUGCAAUCUCACCCGAGCCGGAAAAUGAUCCAGUAGCUCCGGGCGCUUCGCCUCGAGGGGAACCACCCGACCCAGAGAAAUCCGCGGGAGAUACCUCGGAGGCAAGAGAAAGGAAGACGACUAAAUUUCGCUUCAAAUCGAAGAACUCGCGCUCUCACCGCUCCUCCCGACACGAUGACCGAGACCGCGACCGGGGCCGAGACCGGGAUCGAGAACGAGAACGAGACGGGAAUAGUGUCGACGAGGGAGGGUCUUCAAGUCACCGGCACCACCGUCGCCGCCACCACCACCAUCACCGACGGCACAAGCGGCGACGCACGCGCUCGCCGACACCACCCAACCCGUACGACCCACCGCCCCUAGACCCGGACGCGGCGUUCCGGGAGGCGCUCUUCGACGCGAUGGCGGACGACGAGGGGGCCGCGUACUGGGAGCACGUGUACGGGCAGCCGCUGCACAUCUACGGGCGGGCGGGCGGUGGCGGCGGCAGCGACGCCCACGACAACACGGACGGCGGCGGCGAAGACGGGAAGCCCCGGCCGCUCGAGCAGAUGGACGACGAGGAGUACGCGGCGUUCGUGCGGCGCAAGAUGUGGGAGAAGACGCACGAGGGCCUGCUGGAGGAGCGGGCGCGGCGCGAGCAGCGCCGCCGCGAGGACGAGGAGCGCCGCGCCGAGGAGGCCCGGCUCGCGCGCGACGUCGAGCGCAGCCUGCGGCGCGGCGAGGAGCGGCGGCGGCGCCGCGCCUGGCGCACCCGCUGGGACGAGUACGUGGCGGCGUGGGCGGCGUGGGACGGGGCGCCCGCCGGCGUGCCGUGGCCGGUGCGCAGCGGGCGCCGCGACGACGUCUUAGCCGACGACGCGGCGGCCGCCGUCCAGGACUUCUACGUGCUCGGCGCCGGGCCCCCAUCCGGGGACGAGCCGGAGAGCGCCGAGGACGCGAGGGACCUCCUGGCUACGCUCAAGGAGGAGCGCGUGCGCUGGCACCCCGACAAGAUGCAGCAGCGGUUCGGGGGCAAGGCCGACGACGAGGUCAUGCGCGGCGUUACCGCCGUCUUCCAGGUCGUGGAUAGAUUGUGGUCGGAUACCCGGGCUAAGAAGCAGUAGCAGACGGCCCACGCGAGGGCACUUCAUUUUGUCGAGCAGACGGGCUACGCGUAUGAAAGGUUCGGCUUUAUUGCUUUUUUUUAGCGUCUGCAUAUCUACUACGUAGUAUGUAGAGUGCAACGUGGAUAUUGUGGUGAGGGGAUAACAAUCACGCAUAGUUAGAGCAUCUCUCGAGUGUCGACAGCAAUCUGGCUAUACAGAUGCGUCAGACUCCUUACAAGGUAAUUCGGUCUCGCCCGGAUCUUGAACUAUGAUACUUUUAAGACUCGUAGCAUUUCUACUUCGUGAACUAGACUCCACGGGUCUAAAGCUCUUUCUCGCACUCUUCAGCCUAAGGUUUACA